AUGGCCCCUGCAAAACUCAAGCGACGGCGAGGGUUACAAGCAAUGCCAGGAGAACAGAACGCUUGGGGUGAUAUUGUUGAUGAGGAAGAAGGUCCUCAUGUCGAAAUAUAUGAGGAUAUAAAAACUGUUACCGAUUUUAUAAUCAAUGAAAAGACAGGAAAAAAAGAGAAAAUUGUUAGUGUAUAUAAAAUUAAUAAAAAGAAGGAACUGGUGACCUCAGGCAUUUUGGAAAGAAGAAACUGGAAAAAAUUUGGCGACUGUAAAAAUCAUGCACCUGGUGUGAACCUCACCACGACUAAUGUUCAAGAGGAUCAAGUCUAUUUGCUUUUAACUUCUCGUUCAGAAACUCUUGAUGAAGAAAUUCCAAAAGAUUUAAAGAAGCAGCAGACGAAACAAAUAAUAACCUGCUCGAUAUGUAAAGGGCCCCAUUUUACUCGUCAAUGUCCUGUUAGAAGUAACUUUCCGGUCAAAGAUCUGCCCCCUGAAUCAGUUGGAGUUAAGCCGGGCAUCUAUAUUCCGCCAGCUCGGAGGAUGGCCAUGGAAGGCGGCGGACGUCCUGGAGAAAGGGAUUGCCGCUCAAACGAUGGGAUGACCGUACGCGUGUCCAAUCUCCCUGAAGAAACCAAAGAAUCGGAUCUUCAAUUCCUUUUUAAAAACUUUGGCACCAUCAAGCGGCUGACUCUCGCACGUGAUCGCGAGACACAGCAGUUUAAGGGAUACGCCCACGUGGGGUUUUCGCGCCGUGAGGAAGCGUCUUUAGCUAUUAAAGCGCUGAAUGGGUACGGGUAUGGCCAUCUGGUCCUUCAAGUAUCGUGGCCGCGAGAGCGUGACUGAGCCAUGAAAAACUGAAAUACUAUAACCGAUUUUAAUAAAACUGGAAUUAU